GUGCUGCAGAAGAGCAUGGAGUAUCUCGAGACGUUCAGCAGAUACAAGGAGCUGGACACUGUCAGGCAACUGAGGAAGUGGGAAGGCGGACUUGCCCUCACUGGCUUCGAGAGGGCCCAGCUGGCCAACUUGGCCGUCGAGACGGUCGAGGAGGCAAAGAACUUGAUCCCUACCUUGGAGACGAAAGAUGAGGUGAAGCUUCAAGCACUCAUUGAUGAGUUGGCAACACUGAGGAAGUUUCAA